GCCAAGUUGAGCUAACAAGCUGGUAUACCACUUUCUUCAAUUGACUCUACCAUUAGUUUCCACUCUGUAGUUCUUCUGGUUGGGGGGUUAUGGACUCAAACCCUAGCUGGUCGAACUGCGCUCCAUUUGGAGAGAAUCAGCUGGAUCCGAACUCCAUGAAUUUCGAUGAGUUAUCGGAAUAUCUCAUGCUCGAUAAUAGGGUUGAUGAUCAUCAGGAUUCGUCGUCGCUGAGAAUGAUAUCGCCAGAAACAUGUCAUAGUACUGCUGCUGCUGCUGCUGCUGGUUCAAGUGGUGCAACAUCAAGAAAUUCCAGCACUAAUAUAAAUGCGGCGACAAUGAAGAAUAGCAAGAGAGAAGGGGGUCAUGGCCAUAGGGUUGCAUUUAGAACGAAAUCAGAGCUGGAGAUCAUGGAUGAUGGUUUCAAGUGGAGGAAGUACGGCAAGAAGUCGGUCAAGAACAGCCCAAAUCCCAGAAAUUACUACAAGUGCUCAAGUGCUGGCUGCGAUGUAAAGAAGAGAGUAGAGAGGGACAGAGAAGACUCGAGCUAUGUGAUUACCACAUACGAGGGAAUGCACAAUCAUGAUACCCCUAAUUGUGUGCAGCUCCAGUUCAAUCCUGCUGCACUAGUAGUGGAUGUGGAUCCCAACAACGUUUGGACUACUUUACGAGCUUCUUCGCAAUCUUCUGCUUCUUCAUAGAUCCAUCUAUUAUUUACUAGAUCAUAUAUCAUAAGCCAACCAAGAAAUAAUAGUAAUAUAUAUGGCAUCGCUAGCUUUUCUUAUGCGACCACCUGAUAGAUCCAUCUAUUAUUUACAUGUAUAUCAUAAGCCAACCAAGAAAUGAUAGUAUAUUAUAUAUGGCA